CUAGGUGUGUGUUUAGAGCUGCACAUGCCCUGGGCAUCCACUUUGCAGUGUUGGUAUAAUUAAUACUCUCUGCUUUGGCUGGAGCACAAAGCCUUUGCAGGACUGGUUUGCCCCCUUUCAAAUCUAUGAACUUAUUAAUUACUUACACAAAAUUGCAUAUACAGAAACUGUUUGGUUGGUGGGAAAGUCAACUCACUGGGUCAACUAAUGAGGUUUUACGGGGUUAACUGAAGCUCAAUAACCUGGAAUUCAACAAGGUGUUAUGACACUCUUGACUGAACAAGUAAACCUUGCAUAUACAGGAAUCCCCACGAACUGUAAGUCAGUCAAAGAAUCGAAGAUGAUGGUCAGCCCAAAUUCUGCUCUGUUAUUUCCAGUGCUAACCUCACUUUGUAGUUUUUUCCUUGAUGUGGCUUAUUCAACAGUUGAUACGUCUAAAUCAGAGACUUACAUUAUCAAGGACUGUAACAGUAUCCAGUAUCGGUUGAUGGUAGACUUAGGCGAACCUCCAUUUCCUGAUACAGCUUGCGAAAUAAAACAGAAAACGAUAACAUGUUUUGAAAAAAGCGAAGGCUCAGGAGACCUGUUAGAUCAGGAUCGAUUUCUUCUCCUCAAGUCUGCAACAGUGGAUAAAGUACUGAUGUGUCCUGACCUUGACUACCAAAAGCUACAGGACUCUAUUCAGAACUCCGCUGCUGCACAGAAGCUGUCUAAGGAGUAUCCUACAGAAAUACAACAGCUUCCUGAAAAAUGUGCUUUUGAUAUUCACAAGAACUGCGAGAAGAAAAUAUUUGAUCAAGUGGUAGUGAACCAUCUUUCAUGGCCUGAGACAACAAAGUGGAGGCAAUGUUAUCUUAAGGCUUUGCUACAGACGCCGUGUUCAGCACUAAUUCUGCAAAACUACGCCGCCUUGCAAGAAAAGUUUGGAGAAAGUUUUAGAAAAAAAGAGUUUGAUUUAGGACUCUAUGGAAUAUUUAUGAAUGAUCAUCACUUACAAAGUAACGGAACAGUAGAAAUAUUAUAGAUACAUAUUUCGUGCUUCAUGAACUGUACGAGGUAAAGCAAACAAAGCGGUUUAAAAAACAUUAGACUCCACGAAAAAAAGGAGUGUUGACAUUUUACAAUUUCGAUACAUUUCAAACUUGCUAGCUUAAGGGUGUAAUUUUGUUAUAACACCAGAUUCUCGUAUGACUUACCAAGGUAUGUCUAACAGCUAAAAGAGAGAAUUACUUAUCUGAUCUGCGAGGACAAGAGAUUGUGAAAGCGAGAACUGAACAUUUCUACGUGUUCCGUUACAAAACUCCCCACAUUAUCAAGCCAAAACAAAAUAAAAUAUUUUCAUGUUUAAAUUUUAAAAGUUUCUGGACAACAGGUAUUUAAACGUUGUUAGACGAUAUUACACAGCUACGGACAAAGGAGGAACUCCUUAAUGAAACUUGUCCGCAAGGGAAAAACAAAUUCAAACAAUCCUGGUUUUUGUUUCAAAUACGAGAAUUAACCGAGCUAAAGAUCGAGAUUCACAAAAAUUGCUCACAUCACAAACUCCUACAUUACUACAAUAAUGGGUAAAAAGGAAACUUUUACAAUUCCAUUGAAAAUAAAAAUAUGUCCACUUUGUUAUGAUUGAUCCUCUUGUUUCCACAUUUGGCUUAUAGUUUUUCAAUUUAGAACCUCUUUACAUUUUGAACUCC